AUGGCUCACAACGGGGAGAGUGAUGUCGCUGCGACAGUCCAGGACGGGCUUGCCCAGACCCCUCAUGAAGAAGAUCGGCCGGAGCACUCGUCCAAUCCUGAGAUUCCCAGUACUCCUAACCCGGCCCCGUCGUCGGGUGUAGACGAAGCUAGUCGCCUCCGAGAGCUCCAGGCCGAUGUGCGAGAUCAGGAUGACCUCGAGAGGGACAUCACACGUCAGGCCGAUAAGUUGCUCUUGGAACAGGCCGAUGAACGCGAUAACAAGCGGCUAGAGAAGACUAGCCAGGAAAAAGAGAAGUUGGAAUCACAGAUUUUAAAACUACACCAACGCCUGUCACAGCCAGUUGGCACUGCAGCCCGCGUUCGGGCCCAGAAUGACUUGCAAAAAUUAGAGUCUCGUAAUGCUUCCUUGGCAAACGAUUUGAAAGAAAUCAGGCAGCGCAUGGACGAGAGGCAGCAGGAGAAAGAACCUGACGAGCAAGGGAACGGGACAGGAAGGUUGCCUCACGAGUCUCGGAGAGAUUAUCUCAUCCGAACCGGGAAAAUCACGCCCUUCUCAACCAUGGGCUCUGGCCCAACCGAAGGGCCCCUAUAUAGCCUCCAUGACACGCUGAUUGAUGCCGAAGACGAACGCGAUGAGAGAGAGGCACUAGAACAAGUCAAGCAGCGCUCGGCCGUGUCUCACCGGAAUCUUGUGCGUCCCGGUUUUGGGUUUGAUGAAAGCAGUGAAAAGUCUACCGAGGAGAGAGCCGAGCGCCCUAAGAAGAAACGAAAGCUGGAGAAAGAGGAUCACACGACAGACACUGCGCAAUCAGAAGGCCCAGAAAUAACAGCAGAAAGUCCGCCGGAGGAGGUUCCGUCCGAUGAUGGUUCGGGGAGCUAUGUGGCUUCUGAAGGGGCAGAAUCCGACGACGAAGACUUCACCACCGAUGAUAAAUUUGCACGACCGGCAGCUUCAGGCAAAUCAAAGACAACAGAAGACAUGGAAGACUUUAGCGGGGUUGACGACGGGAACGAGAAGAUCUAUCAAUCUAGACUUCAGAGCUGGGUUGAUCGUAGGAGUGCUGCUCGAAGGCGCACUCUGCAGGCCCGAGGAACAGACACGGAGCCUGACGAUGGCCAAGACGAACAGGAUGAAGAGUGGUUUAAGCCACACCCCACUGUGCCAGAUAUGCCGUACGAUAAUUCGUAUCGUGUGCCUGGCGAUGUUCAUCCCCUUCUAUUCGAUUAUCAAAAAACCGGAGUUCAGUGGCUGUGGGAACUGCAGCAACAGCAAGUAGGAGGCAUCAUUGGUGAUGAGAUGGGACUGGGGAAGACGAUUCAAGUUAUUGCCUUUCUGGCUGGGCUUCACUAUAGCAAAAAGCUAACUAAACCGGUCAUCGUUGUAUGCCCCGCCACGGUCAUGAAACAAUGGGUCAAUGAGUUCCAUCGAUGGUGGCCCCCGUUCCGAGUGUCUAUUCUACACACCUCCGGCAGUGGGAUGGUCAACAUCCGCAAUGAAACCAGCAGAGAAGAUGCUCUCUUAACGCAGACACGAGAUUCUCGCGGCGUUUCCGGCGGCUUGAAGGCUGGCAGGAAAGUGGUCAAACGCGUUCUAGAAGAGGGCCAUGUGCUGGUGACUACGUACUCUGGUCUACAGACGUACGCACCUCUCUUGAUCCCGAUAGAAUGGGGGUGUGCGAUUCUCGACGAAGGCCACAAGAUUCGGAAUCCGAACACAUCGAUUACUAUCCAUUGCAAGGAACUUCGAACCCCGCACCGCAUCAUUCUGUCCGGCACCCCGAUGCAAAACAAUCUCACGGAGCUUUGGUCGUUGUUCGAUUUCGUUUUUCCCAUGCGCCUAGGGACGUUGGUUAAUUUCCGGAAUCAGUUUGAGUUUCCAAUUCGCCAAGGUGGUUACGCCAAUGCUUCCAAUCUACAAGUUCAAACGGCCACUAGGUGUGCCGAAACCCUCAAGGAUGCCAUGAGUCCGUACCUUUUGCAGCGAUUCAAGAUCGACGUGGCUGCCGACCUUCCUAAAAAGAGCGAACAAGUCUUGUUUUGCAAGCUGACGAAACUUCAGCGACAAGCAUAUGAGGCAUUCCUCGGCUCGGGAGAGAUGCAGUCCAUCCUCAGAGGGCGACGACAGGUCUUGUACGGAGUCGAUAUCCUGCGCAAGAUUUGCAACCACCCGGACUUGCAGAGUCACAAGUUCAAUUCCCACCAAGCAGGGUAUGGCGAUGCCUCCCAGUCUGGUAAAAUGCAAGUGGUGAAAUCGCUGUUAGAACUAUGGAAGGACACGGGCCACAAGACUCUUCUAUUUACGCAGCAUCGCAUCAUGCUGGACAUCCUGGAGAAAUUCAUGAACUCGCUUUCCGGGUUCAAGUAUCGGCGAAUGGAUGGAAGCACACCCAUAGCUCGCCGGCAAGCCAUGGUCGACGAAUUCAACAAUGACCCAGAACUGCACGUGUUUCUUCUCACGACGAAGGUGGGAGGUCUAGGUGUGAACCUCACUGGAGCGGAUCGAGUCAUUAUCUACGACCCAGAUUGGAACCCGUCCACCGACAUGCAGGCCCGUGAGCGAGCAUGGAGGCUUGGACAGAAGCGGGAGGUCACGGUGUACCGACUCAUGACGGCUGGGACGAUCGAAGAAAAGAUCUAUCACCGACAGAUCUUCAAGCAGUUCCUCACCAACAAGAUCCUGAAGGAUCCGAAACAACGGCAGACAUUUCAGCUCAGCGAUUUACACGAUCUGUUUUCUCUCGGAGACGAGAUGCAAGGUCCGACGGAAACAAGCAAGAUAUUUCAAGAUGCCGACGUUACGUACGAGGAGGGUGGUAAUAGCCCUGCUCGACGGACCGGCAAGUCGCGACAUGGAGGAAAUAGUGGCAAGGACGACAACAACGAAGUCGACAAGGUGGAGGGCAUCGCAGCGGUCGAGGAAUUCCAGGGCGAUCCUGAAAAGCCGAGCGAUCAGGAAGGGCCAUCUGCUCCCAAAUCAGAAUCCCGUCUCAUGGAAGGCAUUUUCGCCCGUUCCGGGGUGCAUUCUGCCCUGGAGCACGACCAGAUCGUGAAUGGCAAACGCGUUGUCCGAGCCGAUCCCCAGAUCAUCGAGGCCGAAGCCAAGAAAGUGGCCGCCGAGGCCGCCGAGGAGCUGCGCCGAGCAGGCGAAGCUGCUCGAUCCGUGCCAAUUGGAAUGCCCACUUGGACGGGCCAGUUUGGCCUGGCCGGAAAGCCUGCAGAGCCAGCGUUCGGGGGACGAAGCAGCUCGGCCAGACGAGGCCCCGCCGGUCCGUCGUCGGCCAGUAUCUUAGCCAAUCUCUCGGCUCGCACGCCUCCGUCUCGCAGCAGUAGCAACAGCCCUGCGCCGGCCAGGGCUACCGGUGGGAUUGACUUCAUCACCAGGAUCCGAGAUUACAUCACGUCCCAGGGCGGGUCGGUCUAUACGCAAAUGUUGAUUGACCAUUUCAACCGUCUCUGCACCACGCCUCAGCGGUCGGCAGAGUUCAAAGAAAUGCUCAAAACGAUCGCGGUCCUGGAAAAGGGCGGUCGCAACGGACGGGGGAAAUGGUCUCUGAAGCCCGAGUACGCCCCGAAACGAUCCUGA